AAACAAUAGUGAGCAGCCGCAGAGUGUGUGUCCAGUGGAUAAGCUCCCAUACAGUGUGUUGUUGAAGAAUCCAGUUCAACCGUGAAACCGUUUCUUGCGUUGGUUUUUCUAUUCACCGCAGACUUUAAAGUGAGCGAAGUGUGUCGACCGUUGUGUUGUGUGCGAUCCGCGGCUUAAGCGUGCGAGAUUUGAUCAAUUUCUUCGAACCGCUUCGCAUCAGCAGCAGCAGCAGCAGCAGGUCCAGUAGUCAACAGGAUACACCGGCGAAGAGAGAGAGAGAGAGAGAUGAACCUUCUGAUACUAGCAUUCCUGGCGGUGGCGUCGCUGUCCUACUUCCCGGCGCCAACGUGCGGCACGCCGGCCGCGGCAGGCGGUGGCCACGACUCGAAGAAGUCGGUGGCGGCGGCCGAAGCGGUCCAGCCGAUCAACGAUAACGGGCUGAAGGAGAUCUGGCAGGAGGACGACCGGGAGGUGCUGAUCCGCAACGAGCGCGGCACCAAGAACAACGGUGGCGGCGGCGGCGCCGGCAGCGCCACCAGCACCGGUAAGAAAGAGCGCAAGGCGGACAAGCGUCCCGCUUCCGGCGGGCACCAACAGCAGGGUUCGGCCGGGGCGGGCCAGGGCCCGAAGGGCCAGAAAAAGGUGAAACCGACCGAAGCGACCCGAGAUCCGGCUCCGAACUCCCAGUGCCGGUACAGCAAGGGCCCGUGGACCGAGUGCGACUCCAAGACCAACACCCGCUCCCGGACGCUGUCGCUGAAGAAGGGCGAAAACUCCUGCGUUCAGACCCGCACGAUCCAGAAGAAGUGCAAAAAAGCCUGCCGUUACGACAAGGGCGCCUGGUCCGAUUGCGACAACAAUGGGCAAAUGUCGCGCACCGACAAUCUGAAGCAAACCAGUGACAACACCUGCCAGGCGACGAGAGUGGUCAACAAAAACUGCAACCAGGGCAAGUCCAAAGACAAACAGAACAAACCACCGAAGGCCGAGAAGAAGGAGAAAGGUCUCCGCAAGAAUCGCCAGUAAAUCGCCCAUUCGCUCUGUGGCGGGCAACAGCAGCAGCACAUCGCAAGGCAACCAUCUCUUCGAUUCCGUUCUUCAUUUUACGAUUUAAGCGGCCGGUCAGCGGUGUCGUCGAACGAGCAUUCCCUGCUGGCCUGAGCUGAGCCCUCCAGGACAUUAUCUCGCGGCCAAACAGCAGUGAGCGGUAGCGGUAGUGUUCCGUGGCCUCGGAAGUCCGUCGCCGGGUGUUCGGUUUCUUUGGAUCGGAUUUUCGAUUCCGUUUUUCGACGCAACACUUUCAACAUCCACCACUUCUUCGCCACCGGAGAAGGGCUUCCGGCGGCCCCUCCCCACGGCUGCUGGCGGCGUUAUUUAUUAAGAUGACACACUUAUUAUUAAUCCAACACCGACAGCGGGCGGUAGGACAGAGACAGUUCUCUUCGAAGGGCCGAAGCGAUGGAAACGGCGGACGGGAAAAUGAUUUUGUGUAUCGUUUGUUUGAAGAAAACGGCAAAAAUUAAUAAUAAUAAAUCAUGGUGACAAACGUGUAUGCGUGUCGUAUGUGUGUCGGUGAGCAAACCUGUCCUAAGUGGCCAACUUUGCUCUGGCAAGAAUGUCUUUUAACGUCAACUUCUCUGAUGAAUCGUGCGACUUAUGCUUUCCCAACUACUCUGAAGCCCCUCGAAAAUGAACCGAUCCGGCACAAAACCAGAUAGCAGUCAAAACCGACACAGUGGCAAAAGGCAGGGGCCGAUGCAGGGCUAUGGCGUGGAAGUCCUGGUGUCAGUAGAACAAAACUAGAAACACCACAGCACAUCCGAAAGUAGCGCCCGCUAACAGUGAUGAAGUAACGCUAACAGCCACGCAAGAACAGGAAAUCCGACACUGAACGCAUCGUAGUUGAGGACAGCUCCUCACAGUUGCCAUUCCCAUUUCUUGGUAAAAGUCACCCAAAUGUGCAGAAAAUCAUUUCAACUCCGUUACUCCCUGCACCGGUUAGGAGGAAAUUUUCCGUUUUUACAAAGUUUUCCAUGAAAAUGUAACAAACCCCCAAAAGCGGCCAAAACUUGACGAAAGCGACAUUAACCCAUCCCCCUUCUGUUUACGCCGUUCACGUCAAUACGACACGGACUGAGCCUUAACGUGUUUAAACUUUUUUGCCUAUCGCUGGGAUAAGUAAUCAAAACUCUCACCAUAAGCCACUUUAAGCAUAAAAGCCACGUCUACCGAACGCAGGAAUGACCGCACUGGCCAGAGAAAGGGAGAGAAAGGGAUAGAUUCCGGAUGUUAAUUGUAACAAUUGUGUCAGGUAGGGAGAGAGAGAACCGCAUCCAUUGAACAUCGAAGCAUCAAGGAACAGUAUCGGUCGGUUUCCGUGCGGGGCGGACGGCAGCAACAUCAAAAUCAAGCAAAUAAACAUUUUAGAGGAUUCAUUGUUCCGUAGAAUGUCAAAAAGAAAGCCCUUUUCAAGUAAACGUAACAUAAGACCCUUCGCCCGGGAUGCAUAGAUAAGCGAAAUAACACAAAAACAGUUCUGUUCUCUUGCGGAAGGUUUUUAAUCGGUGUGGACGCGUUUCGGUUCUGGCAAAGGUAGCACCGUCACCAGGACACAUUCUGUGGGCGACACAUUUUUCUCUUAAAGGGAACCUCUUUGGCUAAUCGACAACAACCAGUGCCCAGGAUGGGCGACGGAACCACUUCAUGCCAGCAGGACAAACACAUCAGUACUGGACAAAACCAACAGCAUGCAUACCUUCCACCAUAAAUUACCGUAAAUCCUGUGGUCAACUCUCUCUUGUAUGUUUGAUGUUCGUCUCGAUAGUAACGAUUAUUGAUAACGAGUUAAGGAUUCAUAGUGAAAACGGUUGGCCGAAGCUGUAGUCCGGCGAAAUGAUGAAGUAAAGAAAAGGCCACCUUCUCAACCGGUGCACAGAAGCCGACAGCGCAAGGCCAAACGGAAGCCACUGAGAGUGUGCGUGUUCGGUCGGCCACUCGGUGCUGUUUCGCGAAACAAGGAUAAUAAACAAAGAGUUCAUUGAAGGAUAAAAUUAUAAGUGUUUUAAACCAGAUAACAAUCGCUCCUCCUCGAAAAAGAAACAAACGAAACACACAUACACACAGGCAGACGGAACGAAAAAUGGUCCGCAUGACAUCGUAGUAAAAUAGUAACUCGGUAAAAAAUAGAAACACAAACAAGAUCCGAAUACAGAGCCAACAAGAAACAGAAUCGAAGUGUAAAGGCCAAUAUGAAUUAGAUAAAAAUAUAUUAUAUAUAUACACAAACAUAUGUUAUACACCUGGACGCCACAGCCGAUACCGAGACACCCGUGGGGACGAUGGGAGAUGUGAGUUUUGAACCGCAGUGAACAACCCGAAGAGACACAAUGGGCCAGAGAGGGAGAGAGAGAGAAUGAUUCAAAUGAAAACAUAAAUCGAAGGAAAAAGAGAAACUUAUACCGAUAUUCUUAGUAUUUAACGAUUUAACGAUAACGUGACAGUUCAAACUAAGAAAUGCGAUCAUUUGUAGGAUACACAUUGGGAUUUUAGCUGCCUAUCUCGUGCGGAUGUCUUUUAUACAUUUCUUUCUACAGUUCUGUGUUUGAGCGCCAAGGGUUUUUGUUCCGAAACGGGACGCUUUGCUACCAGUGCUUCGCAUUCCUGUUUCGGGGUUGAAAGUGAUGCGAUCAUACACCUGCUUCAGUUAUUCGGUAAUGGCCUAAUUUGUUUUAAAUGAUCACACCCAUUGGAUAACACUUACAUAAAACAAAUACAAUAACUGUAGCAUAAACAAUAGAACCGUAAUGGGCAGAUCGAGGUAACGGA